AUGAGCCACAAAAGCUUGCUCCAAAAGGUGGAAGACGACGAAAGCAGUAUUGAGUUCGAUGAAGCUGGGGUUAAGGAGAUGGUUCUUCUCGUAAAGAAAUUGUCUUCAAAAGUCAAUCAACAAGAAGAGAGAAUCGAUGAGCUCUGUAAACAGAAGAAUCAGCUGAACAAUCCGGAAGGCGAAGAUCGCGAAGAACAGGAGCCGAGGGAGCCAGAAAGAAAGAAACCAAAGCUCAGAUGCUCGGAAAUGGACGAUUUGACAUCUGAAAUGAAGCCCACUGAAAAUCUUGUUUCUGCACUUGACAAGUAUUUUUCCGGUAACCCAGUGCCAAUGAACCAGACGAAAUUCGUUAAAAAAUGCGAUGAAGCUGAUUUCGUGAUUCUGAAAGCAAUUGGUGAGGACCACAAGUUUCCAGUAUAUCCUGCCGGUAUCAUCGAACCAUAUCCAGGGCUACGGUACAACUUUGUGGGGCUAGACGACAUAAGACAAGUUUAUUGGAAAACCGGGGUCAUGGCGGAUAUCUUCAAAAUUAGUGAAAAUGCGUUGUUCACUACGACAAAACCCAAUGGAUCACAUCAACAAGACUGCGUAAUUGCUGUUCAUGAACGCCUUGCAGUUUCUAAUUUCAGUGAUCAUCUCACUUUCCAGCCAGGAACAGAACAUACUCUGUACAAUUUGAUUGACCCAUCGAUAGAAAUCAAGGUUGUAGUCGAAGGUACAACUCCGGACAAACAGAUCAUUCACUUUAAAACUUGUGAUGACAAAGAGUUUCCGUAUUUUCUGCGUAGUGCAGUUCCCAGUGGAACAAAAAAACCCUACAAUUUAUUAGGAAUUCAUCAAGAAAAAAUAAUUCCUCAGUGGUCAGUAGGUGAUAUUUUGCGCCGCGCAGUGGGAGAAAUACUUGUCGGUAGUCCCGCGGGAUCUCCAGGGAGUGCAGUCAUUGAUAAAAGUGGAUAUCUGAUGGGAAUGAUAAUAAAAUCAGAAAACAACGAAGUUCUAAUUGCAAGCACAGUCCUCAUUUACGGCCUUCUUCCAACUGGUGAUCCUGAUCCUGAUCGUUUUUUCUUUGACGAAUGCUGA